CAGGCUUCGUGGCGGUGGUGCAGAAACCAAAAGAUUCCUAGUAUCACUCCGAAUCGCUUCCGUCACGGCGAUCGUCUCUCUGCUCUGCUUCUCUUCUGGUUCUAUGACGAGGCAACCCAAGAACUUUGACGAGAUACGAGAAGAGAAGGAGCCGCUUUUGGUUAUCCUUUGGUCUGCGAUCGAGAAGAGUGACGAAAGGAGCCACCUUUACGGAUCCUCGAGCAAUGUCGGACGAGGCGGCGGCCGAGGUCUGCGACUCCGGGCUCUUCCUCGCGCUGCCGGACGAUGUUCUGGCUUUCAUCUCCGGCCGCCUCGGCCUGCGCGACCUCUUCGCCCUCGCCCUCUGCUGCCGAGGACUUUGGGAGGCCAUCGCCGACUCCGAGAAGAUCUGGUUCGCCCAGUGCUGCCGCAUCGGCCCUCCGCCCCACGCCCUCCCGCUGUGGCGCGAGGGCGUGGACUCCUACUUCACCCUCUGUCGCUUCCUCGCCUCCGUCGCGCCCCUCCUCGGCGUGUGGGUCCAUCAGAACCCCGAGCUCCGCAACGUGGUCUGCGUCCUCUGGGGCUUCCUCUCCGUCGUCGGCGUCAGUGUCAUACCUCAGGAGGUGGGGCCGCUCGGCCUCGACAGCGGACCUCUCCUGUGGGCGCCGGUUUUCGAGGUCCUCGCUGACGCCGAUGGAGCCCCCUCCCGCCUCUUUCUCCAUGGCCGUGGCGAUCGCGGAGAGGACCGUCUCUACCCGGGCACCGUCCAACCCAUCGACUCUUCCUGCAACGUCCUCCUCCUCGAGGUCGACGUCCGUCAAAGAGACCCCUGCUUCCCACCAAACCCUCCUCGCUUACCCUACUCCGGGUGCUUCUCGUUCCUUUCCGAGGGCAAAUAUCCAACCUUUACGAGACAUCUUCGCCGGUUGAAUACCAACAUCAUCUCCAGUCCUCCGGCGAACCCAUUUAGUCAAUUGUCCUUCAGCGACCGCAAUUGGCUUCUGAACGAGGUGGCCGACACAGUCGCCCUUGAGAUCCCUUCGGACCUGGCCACCGCUCCUCUCUUCGAACGUUGUUCUCCCUGCAACGACACAAAGCUCUUGGCUGGUCGAUGGUCGCAACUCACUGAGAUGCACAUGCUCAACAGAAGACGCAUCAAAAUGAAAGCCACCAACCGAUUGGUGCCGGGCUUGAUGAAGCAUCGAAGCCUUGACGGCUGCGAUGGGAUUAAUGAUCACCAGAGCACCGUCGCUGGCAAAAGAAAGGCCUUUUUCUCGGUGUUUGAGAACCUGAGAGAUGAGCCCAAACAGUAUAUGAGUAGAUCAAUGUUUCCUCAGGUGGCUGAUUUGGUAUCGAGCAGUGGAAAUUAUUGGUGGAGCACCCCAGACGGACUGCUCAACUUCUUGAUGUCUAGUGAUAGUAUCGGACUAAGCUUAAAAGCAGCACACAAGAUGGAUGCUACAAAUAUGGCGUGGCCCGAUAUGAGUUAUGACUGGUUUGCGCUGUAUAAGCUCCCGAUGCAGGUCCCAACUGCCUGCCAUGAGCAUGCCGGCCUGUGGGGUGGCACCUUUGGCUGGCCAUUUGAAGAUAAGCCAGAGAAGGCCUUAUUCUUGGUGUUGCUUUCUUAUGAGGAGGUCAUGGGACAUCGUCUUCUGAUUGCAACCAAGAUUCUGGAAGGAACACAGCGUCUCCUCUAUCCAAACGGCUCUCCAAUGUUCACUGUGAGGCUUGAUGAGGCACCUAAGAACCCGUUUCCAUGGGGUAUAGAUAGAGAGUCUCCUCGAGUGAAAGUUAAGAAGAGUUACAAUGGAGAAGGCGUCGUCACCAGUUACGGAUUCCUAUGCUCUGAUCUCGAGCCUGGCUCAUUGUAUGUGCUUCAGAAUGGACUGCUUGCAUUUGUUUGGGAGAAGUCAGAUUCUGUCAUUACUUUGCAGAGGAUAGUCCUGCAGGAGCUUCUGAGGAAAGGAGAAAGAGUGCCAAUGCUACCUCCUACUGCUGAUUUUUCAUAUUUCACCAAGUCUUACUCCAACAUGUUUGCAGCAGUUCAGAACGGUUGAAAUUGUUCAGAUAGACUGAGCAUCACAGCAUACUAGUAAGCCUGUCUCAUCUGAUCUUUUGCUGGAUCAAGAACUAGUUUCAACAUGGAUGGUUGCUAUGGGUUCACAUCGACUUGUGCUUCGUUGGAUGUGAGAGGUCUCUCAAGACUCAUUGAGUUGGGAGAGAUAAAGAGUAAUAAUUACUUGUGAUGGACAAAUGUUGAUUUCUACAGGAAAAAUAAAUUGCCAUUUCUUAUUGUAACAUACAUGAGUUGCUUGAAAUUAACUUCAUAGGUUGAGACA